AUGGGAUGUACAGAUAAGGUGAUCGAUUUCUUUGGGAAAAUUUCAUCAAAGACAUGCCAUCAUAAAAGCCCUCAUUUGAUUGUAAAAAAUAUUAAGAUUAAGAUUAUUAUUAUUGUACAAACACAUCGAUACAUAGAUGAAAAUGAAAGCUUAUUCCCACACCUGUCUAUUCAUCAUAGUGUUGGUGUUGUUCAUUUCCAACACACUCUCUCAAAAUCUCAGUCCCCAAGAGUUGAAUUCAGCAAUAUGGAUCAUCAAACAGUACAAAGUGGAUGCUCCGAUGGAUCAAAAAUUUUACCAAUUUCAAAUACACAAGACAACGGAAUGCCAGAUGCAAACUUACAACUCUCAUUCCCAGAGUUGGUAGAAGUAUAUAUAAAAGAUUCAACUGGUAUAUCAAGUGUAGCAGACCCACUAUUAUCUCUUUAUGAUCAAAUGCCAACAUGUUGUCCAAAGAUAGAGGAGCUUCAGUUUGGAGGAGACCCAACUUUAACCAAUUUCCCAAAUAAUUUUUCAUCCAUCUCUACAACUCUGAAAAGAUUUGUAGCUUCCCUUAUUGGAAAACAAACAGUUAAAUUCCCGAGUCAUCCAUCACUUGCUCAAUUGGAACUUUUUGGAGAUGAAACUACUACCGAGAUUGUUAUCGAUGACAAUGUUUUGCUACCCAAUCUCAAUGAGACUGUCUUUGGUGUUGUUGUCAAUGAAAACCAUCUUCAAACUAUUAGCAAUUUUACUGCAAAGUCAUUCCCAGCUCUCAGAUUAUUAUAUCUACUACUUCCAUUUUCUAUUCCUCCAAUCCACCUAAAUUUAGAUCUUCCAAGUCUCUAUUCAUUGUUUGUUCCACAAACUGACCUCACCACUCAAAACACCAUUAUUCACUUUAAUGAUACAAAGGGUCCUGUCGUGUUUACUGGUGUAGAAUAUGAUUCAACUGUCUAUCCAUUCUUGAAUGGGUAUCCACCCAAUGUUGAAUAUAUUGAUUUCAGAAUGACAUCGAUCAAUAAUAUUCCUCCAGUUGUCAUUCCUUCAUCUGCCACCUCUAUUAAUUUAACAGGUUGUCCAAUUACAUUACCAAUUGAUUUCAAUACAGUAUUACAAAACACUACUGGAAAUUUGGAAUUAAUAUUUUUUGGAAAUGGAAGCAAUCCUUCACUUGUUGGACCACUGUCCCAAGAAACUGCAUUGUGUAGGUUAAAAGGAUUACAGUUGGAGGGUACUGGCGUCACUUCGAUUCCAGAUUGUUUUUGGUGUUAUCAAAAUGAACCAACUGUUAGAUUUGCUGUUCCUGCCUCUGUUGUCUUCCCAGUUGGAUUUACAUGUCCAAUAACAUUUACCUCAACCAAUCUAGUCACUGUAUUCAAAAAGGCUAUUAUCAAGGGUAAAAACCUGGGUUGGGGUGCAAAUGUCGGUGGAAAUACUCUGGUUCCAAUUGUUCCAAAUGAGCAAUUACAGGCUACCAUCAAUGGAGUUGCAACCGACGGACCACCUCAAAAUAUUAGUAUUCAGUUUAGUAAUGACUAUCCAGCUUAUACCUAUCCAUUUAAAGUGAUGGAGGCUGGAUUCAAUGUAACAACUACUACUGCUACUCAAGAACCAAACCAUAUUACCAUCACAAUUACAUUCUCUACUGUAAAUACCAAUAUCCUUCAUUUCGUAUCGAUUAAUGGAAAAUUUGCAACGAUCGCCGUCAUUAAUAAUGUUCCCGGUGCCUCUCAAUUUGGAUUCACUCCUACCCUUUCAACUGGUACUUAUAAUGUUACUAUUUUCAAUGCCUAUUAUUCAGUCACUGUUCCAAAUGUUCAAUAUAUACAAUCAUACCCAAUUGUCAAUAAUAUCAUAUCUGAUUCAAUUAUUUUAAAUGGUUCAAUCAUUCAAUUGGAGGUUCAUCAAUCACCAUUCAAAAUAGUAAACAGUCAAUACAACUACUCGGUAUGUUCAAUUACCGAGUUUACAACAACUAGAAUAUCGUGUAAGGUAGAGUCACCAAUUUCAAGUGGUCUUGCUACUUUUAAUAUCACUGUCGAUGGAUACUCUAUUCUCAAACAAUACACUAUUCAAUCAGCUCAACAACAAUGUGAGAGUGAAACUAAUCAUUGUGCCAAUAAUGGUGUUUGUACUCCAGAUGGUAUUUGUGAUUGUAAUGCCAAUCAAGGUGGCUAUUAUAAUAAUUGUUCAAAACGUAUGCACAUUAUUGUAUUAAUUACUAUUUUUAAAUUAUCCUACCCAUUUGCAACGAGUGGACAAGUGAACGAUCAAAAUACAACACAACGAUCGAUUAGUUUAUUUGGUGACUUUGGACCCAAUGCACUGACCAACUCAUCGGUUAGAAUCAACAACACAAUGAAUUGUAUUAUCAAUCAAUUAGAAUCAACUCAAUUCACCAUUCAAUGUCAACUUGAAUCAUCACCAACCAUCUAUGGUCCUGCUUCUGUUCAAUUGAAUGUUGAUGGAUUGUUGUUUGACAGUAAAACAUAUCUUAUAAGAUUCAUUAAACCUUCGACUGGUGGAAAAAUGGAUAAAGAAAUAUGUGAAGAAUCCACUCAAUAUUGUUUUGGACAUGGAACAUGUGAUGACAAUGGAAUAUGUCAAUGUCAAAGUGGCUUUAAUCCUGUUGAUAAUUGUUUGACUAAAUUUGUCGAUAAUUCAUCAUACAUCCCCAACCCAGAAUCACCAUCAACAAAUAUCAGCGUGGAUGGAGUUGAAUUUGGAUUUGAUAUACUUGCCAUUCAAGAAAUAGGAUUGGACAAUGAAAUUGUCAAGGAACUAUUGACCAAUAGUUGGAUAUCAAAUAUCACAACCAACAGUACAUUUACAGAUGCAGUCUAUCAACUAGUAAUCUCCAACACAAGUAUCUUAGCAGACACACAAGUAACAGUCAACAUAACAUUCUCAACACAAUCUCGAAGCAUCACAUUUGGCAACCAACAACUAUUGAUCAAUCCCAAUUCAAUCAAAUUGGCAGUAUCUAUCAAUGGUUGGGAGUACUCAUCGAAUGUAGCAACACUCAGAGUAGUAUUAAAGACAACAACCAACAACCAACAAUCAAUCGAAUACGAUUGCAAAGAGACCAACGUAGAUUCAUUCUCAUACGAUGAUUAUGGAACACUUCAAUACCUCAGAGUACUCAAAGACAAUGUUCAAUUCAAUGGUAGAUUCAUUGAUUUUGCAUUAGCAGAUGGUCGAACAACCUACUCACAAACACUACUCAUCAAUCAAACAUCAAUCAACGAUGAAGAGUUGGUUGCAAUGAUAGGUAUCACACUACCACAAUGUCAAUCAUGUGUACUCGAUCCAGAUUUCACACCAUUGCUUGUUGUCAACGAUAAAGAUGGUGACUGUUCAUCAACCGAUAACAACAAAUGGAAGAUUAUUGUUGGCAGUGUAGUUGGGGGUAUUAUUCUAGUAUCGAUAAUCACAACAACUACAGUUUACAUUAAAAAGAAGAUAGUCUUUAAGAAACACAACAAAAAGUUGGAGAUGAAAUUAAACCUCCAAAGACUUUAG